AUGGCGUACAGCUCCUCAAACCACUUCCACAUUCCCGGCGAGGAUGAAGAGACCGAGGAGCAGAUCGCCUACGAGAAAGAGAUUCUGUCAAAGCAACACGGCGCUCAUGCAAACCAACAGAGUCAGUAUGGGUCAACCAAGGAGCAACCAAGCCUCGACCGCGGCCUCGGACACCCGGAGGAGCACAGCAGCAGCGGCUCGGGUUUUCGAGCCCAUGUCAAGGACUUCGUCAAGGACCUGAAAGCCACCUCCAAGUCGGCGGCAAGUUUCGUCUCGCUAGAGUCACGACUGACCAAAGAGCUGGACGAUCCCGUCCGCUUCCCCGAGAUUGCCCAGCAGGCCGUCGUCAGGAAGGGGCUGGACCUUUGCCCCGAGGAGAGAGCGUUCCUUGCUGCGCGCAAGGCGAAAGUCAGGGACCAGUUUGCCAAGUACAUGGGGUUGGACGCGGCGCAAGUGCAUCCCGAUGAUGUCCCUACUGUUGCUUUCGGCGGCUCAGGAGGUGGAUAUCGCGCCAUGCUGGCGUUUCUGGGGUACUCACUCGCGAUGAAAGAGGCUGGCCUAUGGGACCUUCUGACGUAUGUCGCAGGAGUGUCGGGUUCUUGCUGGGCUAUCGCUGCGUACUAUACCUUCGGACAAGCAGAUAUGAACAAAGUCAUCGACCACUGCAAGAAACGGCUUGCACCACACCACCCGCUGUCGCCUGAAGCCGUCCAGAAGCUGCUGAGCUCGCCCAAGGGCGACUAUGAGACCCUCGGCCCGCUGAUCCAGAAGAGCAGGAGUGGCCUCCAUACCGUGCCGAUGGAUUUGUACGCCGUAUUUACCACCGGGUAUCUAUUCCUGCAGGAAGAUCCCAUGAUCAAGCCAAUGGGCACCGCCGCCUCUGAGGUGGCGGGUUACCAUCGGGCUUGGUGGAAGUGGACGGAUGCAAAGCGCCAUGUUGAGAAUGGUGCAGAGCCUCUCCCCAUCCUGACGGCCAUCAGACACGAGCGCCCAUGGAAGGACUGGGUAGACGAACAGGAUCCCUUCGGAAAUCAAGACCCCAAGAGCAAGGAGCACCAGGACGCCUCUGAUGCCUGGUGGCAGUGGUUCGAGAUAACCCCAUAUGAACUAGGCUGCGACGAGCUCGAAGCGUGGUGCCCGACCUGGGGCUUCGGCCGACAGUUCGAAGGGGGAAGGUCGGUCCGCGGUCUUCCAGAACAAUCACUCGCCUUACUCCUGGGCCUGUGUACCAGUGCGCCAGCCGGCCCGUUGUCGAGCUACCUCGCGACGGUGCAGAGGAACCUGCCCAAGAACUUCCUCGGGGAUGCGAUCAACAACCUGGCGUCGGGCGUGGCAGCCAUAUGGGGAAAGCAGGACACGGCCGUCUUCACGAACCAUCAUCCGCUCCACGCAUCGAACGAACAUAAUUUUCUUUAUCAUCUCACGCCGACUCCGCCAGGGUUGCCGCGCCCAGCGGGGAUAGAGAACUCCCCAAGGGUGCACCUGCUGGACGCCGGAAUGGACAACAACUGCCCAACGUACGUGAUGCUCCACCCCUCGCGGAACGUCGACGUGAUCCUCAACAUGGACGCCUCCUCCGACGUGCAGAAGGACUCGUUCCAGCAGCGGGUAAGCCAGAUCGGCCAGCGGCGAGGCCUCGACUUCCGCAAGCGCCGCCCUAACCUCAAGCCGCCCGCGCCGUCGCCGACGCCGUCCAACAAUCCAGAAGCCAGCGACCCGGACCGCUUUCAGGGCCUUUACGCACAGAUCUACGACGGUACCUGCAUCAGCGGCGAGCGGCCGGCCACCGUGGUGGACUCUUACGGCCAGACCGUCACCAACCCGCCGGCACCCGCAGUGGUGCAAGACUGCACGAUGGUGUAUCUGCCACUACUACCGAACGAGAGGGCGGUCCCGGGCUACGACCCCAGUACGGGCAAGUUCUCCGGGAGCUAUAACCUUGUUUGGACGCCGGAGCAGGUCGAGAUGAUCAUCAGGACCAGCGUGGCUAAUUUCCAGGCCGGGCAAGAUACGGUCAAGGGGGCGCUGCUUGAUGCGUGGCAGAGAAAGAAAGCGAUGCGCGAGGCUGACGGGAGGGCUGAAGGGGCCAUAUCAUCGUAG